GAGCCCAGAUGAGAUUCAGAUCCAGAUUCAGAUUGUGAAUCAAGCCUGACUCCUCCUCCUCCCUUGUCAAGCCACAAUGAAAUCCACUGCUGCUUCUGUGGUUGUGGUUCUGCUCCUGGUCCUGAAUAACUCUUUAGUCCAAGGUAUUCUAGAGACCAAUGAUGCCAGCCAUAAGUGCAAGUGCUUGAAGACAGCGGAAGGCGUCCCUCUCCGCUCCAUCAGUACAAUAGUUAUCUCGCCACCUAAAGGAGCCUGCCGAAAUACAGAAUGCAUAGUCACAUUGCGAACUGGGAGGAAAGUAUGUGUGUCUCCAACGCACAAAUGGUUAGAAGAUGUCUUCAGAUAUUUAAAAAGAAACAAGGCUACCACACCAAAAGCGAAUAUAGAGAAACAACGCCAGGAUUCCAGAUAAGAUCAUCUGGGCUUGCCUUCCUUCCUGUUGUGAAUCCUCAUUUCUUUUAUUAAUUGUUUUUGUUCUGAUGAAAUACUCUUUUUUAGACACUCCCUUCUUAGAAAUAAAGAGGCAAAAUGAUCUUUCUGCAGCAAUCCAGCAACACAUUAGCUUCUCUCUAAGGAUAUAUACCCAAGUGCUUGAUUUACAUAUCCUUGAUCAAUAUUAGUAAAUAAAUUUAUCAGAAAUAUUUAAAGGUUCUUUCUAUCAAGGCCGCACCCAAUUUCAACCAAUGCUAGAGGACCAACCAUGCAGGAACCCCAAUUCUCACACUAAGACUUUCCUCUAAAUGGAAGAGUAGUUUGGACAUGAGCAGCUGGCAUGAGUUAGGAGGGGAAGCAAGGGCUCUUUUCUCCACCUGCACAUUUCUGAAAUUACUUGGAAGGAAAGCUGCCCAGGAAAUUCACAUAAUUUCAGUUGGAGUGUGUGAACAAAGUCAUGUGCAAGUGAACUUUUUGGUCACAUCUUAAGCAAAAAAAAAAUGGGACUUGGUGAGCCUAAAGAUUCCCUCCAUCUUAAUAAAUUGUAGCAAAAGAAAGCCAAGUGAUGGUCUGCGUUAUGCUGUGUGCCAGAGGCUGUGUGGCAAAGCAUACUUAAGGCGAAAUCCCACCUUUGAUGGUUACCCGCUGUGUAACCGCAAAUGAGUCACUCAGCCCUCCUGGGCUUCAGAUCCCUCAUCCCUAAAUUGCAAGGAAUUAGAUGAGAUAGCUCCCGAGGUCCUUUCCAAGCCUCCAGCUAGCCUCCAUCAAAGAAACACCCCAGAAUCAAACCCAGAGCGAUCAGGAUUAUUUAGAGCUAAGCUUGUCCUAUACAUGUCUUCCCUCCUGUGAUGUGUUACAUACCAAGGAGCAGAGAAUUCUGGAUAUAAAUGUAUUUUUCUAAAGUGUACCACUCAUGUGCUGUUCUUCA